AAAUGGAGGAGCUGUCAAAUCAAAGGAUGCAAAUAGACACGAAGUUGGGUGCAAAAAUUUUAAGCCGCAAUUUUUGUUAAAAUUCUCCUGUAGAAGGCAAAUAUUAUUAGUGAUUUUAGCCGCAAACGAUUUAUCAACCCAACAAAGACGGGCGAAUAUUGCGUAGAAAUCGAAUCCAGCUCACACAAUGGCCGGAGCAAUGAUGUUCGAUCGCGCUCAGUCGCUGCAGCUGAACCGCCAGGAUUUGUCCACAAUUGCUGCCGAUCUUGAGGUGGACGAGAACGAUGAAGAACAAAUCCGUCAAAAAGAACAAAAAAUCGUCGAAUUGGGAGAAGCGUACAAGAAGGAAGGUAAAGCAAAAGAGCUAGCUGAUUUGAUCAAGGUUACACGACCCUUUUUGAGCUUCCUAAGCAAAGCCAAAGCAGCCAAGUUAGUCCGCUCGUUGGUCGAUCUGUUCCUGGAUCUUGAGGCCGAAACCGGAAUCGAAGUUCAGCUAUGCAAGGAGUGUAUCGAGUGGGCCAAACAGGAGAAACGUACCUUCCUGCGACAAUCGUUGGAGGCAAGGCUGAUUGCGUUGUACUUUGACACAGGAAUGUACACGGAGGCACUGGCCCUCGGCAGUCAGUUGCUGCGGGAGUUAAAGAAGCUGGACGACAAGAACUUACUUGUUGAAGUUCAGCUAUUGGAGAGCAAGACCUACCAUGCGCUUAGCAAUCUUCCUAAGGCUCGCGCCGCACUCACCUCAGCUAGGACUACCGCGAACGCGAUCUACUGCCCUCCGAAGGUACAAGCUACUCUUGAUUUACAGUCUGGAAUAUUACAUGCUGCGGACGAGCGCGAUUUUAAAACCGCCUUCUCCUACUUUUACGAAGCAUUCGAAGGGUUUGACAGUGUGCAGAGUCCGAAAGCACUUACCGCUCUUAAGUAUAUGUUACUGUGCAAGAUUAUGCUCGGCCAGAGCGACGACGUGAAUCAAAUUGUCAGUGGGAAGUUGGCAAUAACCUACUCUGGUAAAGACAUCGAUGCCAUGAAAGCUGUUGCGCAGGCCUCGCACAAACGCUCGCUGGCUGACUUCCAAGAUGCGCUUAAGCAGUACAAGCACGAAUUGGAGGAUGAUGUUAUCGUGAAGGCUCACCUCGGAACCCUCUACGACACGAUGUUGGAACAGAAUCUUUGCCGUAUCAUCGAACCGUACGCCCGUGUCGAGGUAAGCUUCAUCGCCGAACAGAUUGCCCUCCCGAUCGCUCAGGUGGAGAAGAAACUAUCCCAGAUGAUCCUCGAUAAGAAGUUCAGUGGCAUUCUCGACCAGGGUAUUGGCGUUUUGAUCGUGUUCGAGGAAACCCCAGUUGAUAAGACUUAUGAUACCGCACUGGAAACGAUACAGCAUAUGGGCAAGGUGGUAGACACGCUGUACCAGAAGGCUAAAAAAUUGACGUAAGUACCGGCGAGCGACGUUCUCAGCUGUUGGUACUUUGUUCUAUUUAGGUUUGUCUCCUUGUCUGGCGCUAUUACAGAUUACUGUUCUUUUUUUUUAAUAAAUCUCGAUUGUUUAGGGGGAUUCUCCCCUUCCCUCACGGAACUUACCGAUUACUUCAAAUCCACCAUUAAAAAACCUGCAAUGACUUGAGGAAAAUCAUUAAGCAGAAGAGCUAAUUAAUCAUAUAUUUAGAAAUAGACCGAUUAGGAUUGUAACUAAAUUGGCAAAAGAGCGUGCUUCGGCUGUCUGAGAACUGAACUACGCGAUUGCGACAGCGGAAAUCACUUAGUGUUAAAUGAACCAUUACAGUUUUUUGCAGCCCUGAGAGCUGGAGAGAUAUAAAGUUAUCAUUAUCGAAACUAAUAAAAAACAGAACAUUACGCGAUUCAAUAUCAGGAAAUGUAUUCUUAACAGAACAGUACUUGGUUUAAUAAGAACAUAACAAAUUCAAACACAGUAAUCAAAUAAAUUAUUUCGUAAAAAUCUAGAAAA